AUGAUUAGAAGUGACUAUGUCGCGCCAAAAUUUAAGUCUGUACUCUUGUUGUUCCUGUUCUGUGGUCUCCAGUCUCUUACAUAUAGUUACUAUAGUAAAAUGGACUUAUUACCAGAUUAUGAAGAUGCAGAUACCUUAAGUAUUGACACAUUAGCCUUAGAAGAAGCACUACAAGAAGAAAGAGCUAAAGAAAUUUCCCAACUGAACACCCUUAGCGCGAAAGUAAACUACCUUCAUACGAGUUUAUUAUAUUAUAGAAAUGCUAAGACGAAAACAGGUGCUACCUGCUACGAAGCAUGGAAAACGUUAGUCAAGAAAGUCGGCGGUUCACCUAAUACAUGGAAAGAUCUUGGCUAUGCUUUAGAAAUAUCACAAGAUGAUUUAAAUUACAUUACUAAUUCAGUGAGAGAAGAUCCAGCUGACAUUAUUUUAAAAGUUUUUAUGCAAAAUGAAACUGCCACAUUAGAUAAGAUUGUAGAUGCUUUUAUAGAAAUGAAAAGAUAUGAUAUUCUAAAAGCUAUUGAAGAACCUUUUUGUAAUUUAGCUCAAUGUUUUAAUAAAGAUGAUAGUGGUUAUCACAGUGCAAGUAAAAGUACAGGCACACGAGAAAUAGUAACAUUCACAAAGAACUUAAAGAUUGAUUUACCCCCAGCUUUGAAUAAAAAUUAUGUUAUCAAAGAUAGGGAUCAAAGGCAAAAUCCAUCAUUAAGGCCACCAAUAAUGACUAUAAGUGAUAAAAAAGAAAAUGAGCAUCCAAUACUUUUCUUGACAUACACAGAGGAUGGUAUUGAUACUGCAAUAAAUAUCCAACAUUAUGUAAACAACUGGGAAGAACCAGUAGAAGUUCUUACACUUAGUGGUAGAAGAGAAGAGGUAUAUCAGAACCCAGAGAAGUUUAUUAGGGAGUACUUUGAAAAGGCAGAUUUCAUAGUACCAAUUAUAACUACAGGGUACUUACAUAGAAUAAAGAAUUCUUCACCACAAGUACCAAGUACAAAUGACAAUUUGGAUUAUAAAUAUGUGAAUUUUAUAUAUAAUUUAGUUAUAAACCAUUAUAUUCAUGCAACAGGCUGUCUCAAUGAAAAAGUUAGAAGUGUGCUGCCAUUGAACUCGAAUGUGGACAUACUCCAGGAGAUCACAAUGUAUCCUGAUUUAUUGCCAUGGACAUAUGAAUCUAACUUUGAUGAUUUCUUUAAAGAAUUUUUGAAAAAAUCUUUA